AUGAUAUUGUUACAGGAAUUUGGCGCCGAUAUAUCGAAACGUGGAGGUUUGCGCAGACUUUCUACUGACUUUGAGAUCCGGAUCUGCUGCCGUGGCCGCGAGUUUCAUCCGAAGAUGCGUCUGAGCAGUCGGGACGAGUUUGAGAUCGCUAUCUUAUGCGCCCUUCCGCUGGAAGUCAACGCGGUCGAAGCCUUGCUGGACGAAACCUAUAACAGAAUUCGCAAUGAACACAUGAAGGAUAACGGAGAUGUGAACGCCUACACCACAGGGCGGAUAGGGAAGCAGAACAUUGUCCUGUGUCAUAUGCCAGGUAUGGGCAAGGUGAGCGCAGCGGGCGUGGCUACGAGCUUGCGAUUCAGCUACCCGAACAUUCGGCUGGCGUUGCUCGUGGGCAUAUGCGGUGGCGUCCCAUUCCCGUCAAGCGGUGCGGCAGAGAUAUUCCUUGGAGAUGUCAUCAUCAGUGAUAGUUUGAUCGAGUAUGAUUUUGGCAAGCAGUAUCCGGGUGGCUUCCAGCGGAAGACUGGCGUUGGACGACCAAAUCGAGAGAUAAGAACGAUCUUGUCAGCGAUGGCGAGUAGUAAGGUAUAUAGUGAAUUCGAAGAGCAGCUCAACAAGCAUUUGGACAAUAUACAAGCUCAAGACAAGAGGUGGAUGUGCCCGGGCGUUUCGCUUGAUGUUCUCUUCGAGUCAUCAUACCGGCAUCAGCAUCGGACGAAUGGCCUUCCUCACCACUGCGAUUGUGCUAACGGUAACUCCGUGCACAUUGUCUGCGACGAAGCUUUAAAGAGUGAUUGCUCUGGUCUCGGUUGCGAUGAGACGCACCUCCGUCGUCGCCGAUCCAGCGCGAAACCUACUAAUAGUAGUGUACACAUUGGUACAUUUGCGUGUGCAGAUACGGUGAUGAAGUCAGGGGAACACCGUGAUCUAUUGGCGAAGAGGGAGGGAGUAAUUGGGCUCGAGAUGGAAGGCGCCGGGAUAUGGGAUAAUACUCCAUGCGUCAUCAUCAAGGGGGUCUGCGACUAUGCAGAUAGCCACAAGAGCAAGGUGUGGCAGAGUUACGCCGCAGCAACGGCUGCGGCUGGUGCUAAAGCCUUUCUGGGGUAUUGGGUACCCAGUACUAAAGCAGAGCUGCGUUCGGUGCAGAAAGCGCACAUGAGGAUUCCGAUCCCGAAGUCGGUCUUUUUUGGGCGUAAAGUUGAGUUGGAACAAAUGGAGCAGAAUCUUGGACGACCCGAGCGAGGGAGAAAAGGCGUGGCACUCUGGGGACUCAGUGGUUAUGGCAAGACACAGUUGGCAAUCCACUAUAUUGCGAUGCACAAACCUACUUAUGAUUCCAUUCUAUGGAUCGACAGCUCGUCUGCGGACUCGAUCCACGAGUCGUUCGCUCAGGUCUGCUUGAAGCUUGGUAAAAGCGUCUACCAAGGGCAUUCAGCAGUUGAUAAAGUCCUGGAGUGGUUGGAACAAGACCUAAAUCGUUCUUGGAUCAUCGUGUUCGAUGGAGUCGACGACUGUGAGGAUGCGAAUGAACCUGAUGAUAUAGAUCUAAGGAAGUACAUACCUUCCUGUGACCAUGGCCAUGUGUUGUUGACAACUAUAUCAUCUGAUCUGCACCUUCGGCUGAACUUUGCAGGGAUUCAAGUGAAUGGUGUUGACGAGCAAGCAGGCUCUGAGAUCCUCAUGAGGUGUUCAGGCAGCACUAUCUCGAACUCUUCAGCUCCAAUGACUGCGAAGGCAAUUUCGCGGCGGGUUGGAGGAGUGCCUCUUGCCUUAGAGCAAGCCGGCUCAUUCCUGUCAUAUGGCUUCAUUUUUCUAAACGAAUACAAUCGACAUUUUGACAGGCAGUUUGCUGAAACGACAUUCAAAACACCCUUGCGCAAGAAUUUUGGGUCUUACGAGAAGGGGCGCACUCUCUGGACAGCGUUUGAAAUGUUGUAUGACGCUCUGAGCAAGCGGAGCAGCGACUCAGUGAGGCUUUUACAUCUUCUCGCUUUCCUCGGUCGUGGCCAGAUACCUUUGUCGGCCAUUUCGAACCUUGUUUCCCAGAGAGGCAAAAGCCCUGAAUCACCCGACUCAUCCAUUCAGGUGGCUGUCAGUGAACUGCCAUUGACGGGUACUUUGACUUGGCUGCUCCAACUGCAAUCACAGAGGGACGGCUUCACAUCUGCGCUCAGGGACCUCGAGACUUCCGGAUUUGUCAAGUUCAAUCGGAAGCGUUCGGAUACUGUACUUGAGAGCUUCUUCAUCCAUGACAUGGUACGCUCCUUCGUACGACUUAGAUUGUCGAAGGAGGAUAUACUCGACAAUGCGGCAUCCGCUCUGCUCCUCCUUGGGAACUCCUGCUCCAACAUGAACUCUGAAUCUCGAUUAGACUCCUUGGAAAGGAACCUUGGACGACUGAGCAGCGUACUCGAAAAGUUUCUGUCCCUCGUAUCAAGAGAGAUGCUGGAACCCCCGCACGGCAGAUAUUUCGAACUGUGUGGCUCCGUCGCGCCGGUUUACGCAAGAGUCUGUCGCCUCAAUGGGGAUUUGGAGAGAGCGAAGAGCCUGUGGAUCAUUGCUCUGCAGUACCGAUCCGUCAGCCAAGGUAAUCAAUGGCCAAGUACCCCAAUGGAGCUUCAAGAGCUUUUAGAGGCUGCGGACACCGAUAUCAAACUGGGAUGCUUGGAAGACGGUAUAGAAAAAUAUCGGUCAUUGCUUGCCCGGUGCGAAGGACCUCUAUUGGAAAAUGAAGAAUUAAUGCUGCGUGUUGUUGGCUCCCUUCGAGAAGCCCAGACACAAUGGAACCUUUUGAAGAGCGACCACAAUAGAGCUGUUGCAGCAAGAAGCUUCAGCAAGACCAAUGAUGACAGCCCAUGGCAAACUGGGUUAUUGCUAUAA